AUGGCGUUGGCGGCCUGUCAAAGACAGACCCCAAUGCUCGUUGACGGUGCCACGCUGGUCCAGCUGCUGCCACAGGGAUGGGAGUCCCAAGCGCUGGGGCCGGAAAGAGAUGGUCGAUUCUGGCGGCAUUGUUAUUGGUUGCAGAAGUCGGCACCAUGGCAGAAGUUGGUCUUUGCUUGGGCCGAAGACCAUCGUCUCCUAGCAAGUGGGCUAUGCCUACGAGAUUCAGAGGGUCGCGACGUGCCACUGGAUCAGACUCCUGAUAUGUACGUAUCUGGACCAGAUUCUGGUCCGACAGAAAUGGUGGUUGUGUUAAAGGAAGGUGCAGCUUCAGAGGAGGUUGAUCGUUGGGAGGCGGCUGCGAAGCAGCAGUGUGAGCCGACUGCUCCACCCGAUGGUGCACAACGCGUGCGCAUCACGGCAUGGCGGGACGACCGUGAGAAUGCCUCAAGCUCCUUGACCUUCUGCGUGCAGCCAGACAUGUCCCUGCGUGGCUUGAUGGUGGAUUGGUGCAGCAGGCAAGGUCUCUCCUUGGCGGAUGUUUCCUUCAAGGCAGAAGCAUGCCCUGGUGAAAUCACGGCAGCAGAUACGCUGAGGAGCUUGGCGCCGGAGGAAGAUCUACCGAGAGCCGAGAUCUUUGAGAUCCGGGCUGAUCCGAGAAGUGAUCGACCUGCGAAAGCACAAUCUCUGCAGCUACCUGAUCUCUACCUACCAUCGGCAUCGACGAAGCCGCAGCAGAGCGCAGUCCCAGCUGAGGACUCCACAUCCAAGCAGUCAUCUGCAAGUAAAUCUGCUGCGCCGCGUGUGCAAGUCCGAAUCGCAGCGCAUGGUAUCUUGAGCGAGCGGCUGAAGCCGUCUUCAGAGCAAGCCGGUUUGAGCUUCUGGACGAAGAUGCUUGCUCCCAUCGGCAAAGUGAUAGCGGCGUGGUGCAGACAUCACAACUUGACAGCAGACUCCAUUUUCGUGUCCUACAAUGGAAAGCCAUUGCAGGCCGGUGACACCCCUGCGACGCAUGGUUGGUCGCCGAAUACAGAGGUAAUCCUGGAAGCAUUGCACGUGAGCGACCCGCGGGUGAUGCAGGUCAUGGAGCAGCAGCGGCAGCCACCGCAGCCACCGCAGCAGCUGCAGCCACCGCAGCCACCGCAGCCACAGCCGUCAGUGAAGCCAGCUGCGAAGCCGGUGGAGUCGGAUCGACCGGGCGGCCGUGCGUUGCUUAAGGUUUAUGACGAGGUGGAGUGCUUCGAGUUCUGGAUGCGACCAACCACAACCUUCGAGAGGAUGAUGAAAGCCUGGCGUGAGCAGCGCAAACUGGAACCGGCACAGAAUGUCAGGUUUCAGCUCAUGGAGGGAGAAGGGCUGCGCGCGGGAGAUCUCUCGGCCGAUGAGACGCCAGCUGUCCGGGGCUGGCUAAAGGGCAUGGGAGUGAUCAUGGUGCGGGCCUGGGCCCAUGAGGCUGAUGCGGCAGAGACCCCUGUCGAUCCGAACCGCAGCAUGUCCGUCAAAGUCGAAGCGGACAGCCCAAAUGGAGUGAACGAGGUCAAGUUCAACAUGCGUUUGUCUGCGCCUUUGGGGAAGAUGAUGAAGGCGUGGUGUGGACAUCACGGACUUCCUCUCGAGAAAGCCACGUUCAUGUUCCAGCAGCGGGUAUUGAUGCCAGAGGACACCUUGCAGUCCUUGGGCUGCGUGUCUGGGGAGGUGGUUUUCAGGGCCGUCCCCAGCGAGGCGAAGGCCAGGGUCGAAGCCAAGGAGGCAGGGAAGACCGAGGCGAAGGAGCCUUCGGACCAGCAAAAGGUGUCGGUGAAGGUGGAGGCCGAGGGUGCCGACGGUCUAAACGAGCUUCGCUUCAACAUGCGUUUGUCUACGCCGCUGGCGAAGAUGAUGCAGGCCUGGUGUGAUCACAACCAAGUUCCGAUGGAAGAUGCGGCCUUUCUGCUUGGUGCCGUGGUCUUGAAGCCCGAGGACACCCUUCACGGCCUCGGUUGCCGUGACGAGGAGGAGGUGGUCGUGAGGGCGGUGCCUCGCGAAGAGGAGGAGGGGAAAGGAGAGGCGAAGACUGCGGCCAAGACACCUCAUGAAGCGGAGGGAAGGCGAGACGCCGAGGAAAGUAAGGAGACCGAGGCCCAGGUGCCUCGCGAGGAGUCCGAGGAGGUAGGGAAGACCGAGGCGAAGGCAAGGCAGCGCUUUCAUCGCUUUGUCCUCUUGCGCCCCUUUGCUUUGCAGGAGCCUUCCGACCAGCAGCGGGCGUCUGUCUACGCCACUGGCGAAGAUGAUGCAGGCCUGCGGCAGGGAGCGGCCUGGUGUGGUCACAACCAAGUUCCGAUGGAAGAUGCGGCCUUUCUGCUUGGUACCGUGGUCUUGAAGCCCGAGGACACCCUACACGGCCUCGGUUGCCGUGACGAGGCGGAGGUGGUCGUGAGGGCGGUGCCUCGCGAAGAGGAGGAGGGGAAAGGAGAGGCGAAGACUGCGGCCAAGACACCUCAUGAAGCGGAGGGAAGGCGAGACGCCGAGGAAAGUAAGGAGACCGAGGCCCAGGUGCCUCGCGAGGAGUCCGAGGAGGUAGGGAAGACCGAGGCGAAGGAGCCUUCCGACCAGAGAAAGGUGUCGGUGAAGGUGGAAGCAGAGGGUGCCGACGGUCUAAACGAGCUUCGCUUCAACAUGCGUCUGUCUACGCCACUGGCGAAGAUGAUGCAGGCCUGGUGUGGUCACAACCAAGUUCCGAUGGAAGAUGCGGCCUUUCUGCUUGGUACCGUGGUCUUGAAGCCCGAGGACACCCUACACGGCCUCGGUUGCCGUGACGAGGCGGAGGUGGUCGUGAGGGCGGUGCCUCGCGAAGAGGAGGAGGGGAAAGGAGAGGCGAAGACUGCGGCCAAGACACCUCAUGAAGCGGAGGGAAGGCGAGACGCCGAGGAAAGUAAGGAGACCGAGGCCCAGGUGCCUCGCGAGGAGUCCGAGGAGGUAGGGAAGACCGAGGCGAAGGCAAGGCAGCGCUUUCAUCGCUUUGUCCUCUUGCGCCCCUUUGCUUUGCAGGAGCCUUCCGACCAGCAGCGGGCCCAGAUAUCCAGACAUCGUCUGGAGCAGAGAAAGGUGUCGGUGAAGGUGGAAGCAGAGGGUGCCGACGGUCUAAACGAGCUUCGCUUCAACAUGCCAAUCUGGCGUCUGUCCACGCCACUGGCGAAGAUGAUGCAGGCCUGGUGUGGUCACAACCAAGUUCCGAUGGAAGAUGCGGCCUUUCUGCUUGGUACCGUGGUCUUGAAGCCCGAGGACACCCUACACGGCCUCGGUUGCCGUGACGAGGCGGAGGUGGUCGUGAGGGCGGUGCCUCGCGAAGAGGAGGAGGGGAAAGGAGAGGCGAAGACUGCGGCCAAGACACCUCAUGAAGCGGAGGGAAGGCGAGACGCCGAGGAAAGUAAGGAGACCGAGGCCCAGGUGCCUCGCGAGGAGUCCGAGGAGGUAGGGAAGACCGAGGCGAAGGAGCCUUCCGACCAGAGAAAGGUGUCGGUGAAGGUGGAAGCAGAGGGUGCCGACGGGCUAAACGAGCUUCGCUUCAACAUGCGUCUGUCUACGCCACUGGCGAAGAUGAUGCAGGCCUGGUGUGGUCACAACCAAGUUCCGAUGGAAGAUGCGGCCUUUCUGCUUGGUACCGUGGUCUUGAAGCCCGAGGAGACUGCAGCAGAAAGACAAAGCUGA